AUGGCCGCUCAGGGAAUCACCGCCUCCCUCCUCGCCCUGGCCGCUCUCACGCACGCAGCCGACACCGCCCACAAAAACGACGCACGACUUUUCUACGACGACAAAGACACCUCCGUCACCAUUAGCGGUGAGAGCCUCUUCUACAUCGGGGUCACAUUCGUUGGCCUGCUCUUGCUCACGUCUUUCCCGGGCCUCUUCGGGACAUCGGCCAAUAACGGUUACGGUGCCCCUGCCCCAGUCUAUGAUGAGAGGACCAUGAUCUCUCUCCAGCAAUUCAUUGAGGAUGCUGUCAAGAAGUUCCUGCAGAGACUGCGAGCAUAA